AUGGGGCACCUCACAGGUGAAUCAAGUGAGGUGCCCAGAGCACAAGAGUUAAAGAGAUGCCCCUGUUUUGGGCGCCCAGGCCAAGUCCAAAGAGACGUUUGGUCUGCAGGUCAUGGGCUCCUGGGAAGACUCGGUGGCCGCCAGCGUGGCCUCAGACUCUGCUUCCAGCCUGAAGCAGGCAGGAGACUGUGUAAGUCAACGGUCUGUCAGGCCCAUCACCAGGCCAGCGUCAAGGUCCCUCCCAAGGACACUGAGAUGAAAACAGCAGAAGAGCCAACCGCGAGUCUUGGGCAGACCCUGGAGUGGCUGAGGAAGGAACUGGCCGAGAUGCAGAUCCAAGACCAGAAGCUCCUGCUCACACUGAGGCAUCUUCGCAGUGUCCUGGAGGAGCUGCGUUCUGAGAGUGCCCACUGGGAGGAUGCCGUGUCCAGCAGAGGGACAUCGCCCAUCAGAGCUCGAGCAGGCUCCGAAGGCCGGGGUCACCAGCCCGUGUCAUCCAGGCGGCUGGCCCAGCUCCUCCAAGGGGUAGAUGGCCGACGAAGCUCCCUCCCUUAACUGGUCAGAGAUGACCCCGGGCUUGAACCCCCCACCACUAAUCUAAGUUUUGUGAUGCUGUUGGGGUGGGGGACACUGGGAUGGGAGUCAGGAAGUCCCUAGGUUCACCUCUGUCCUCAUCUACUAAAUGUCCCUGGACCCCUCA